GCAGCAGCUGUGUGCUUCAGCUCUGAGGAGUCGAGCUCAGCAUCGAUUUAAAGUCUCUGCGUUUGUUCCCUCAAACAAUAGGACAUGGCAGACAGAGGCCAUGGCCAAGCAGAGAGAGAUGAGAGAGACGCAGAGGACACUGAUGAGCUUCUACACACUGAUCUAAAUGACAACAGGAGUGUGUUUAGACUGGACCCUCAGCUUCUCAAACUGGACCACUGUGACCUCCUCCUAGAUGCCAUCGAUGCAGAGCUUGGUCAGCUGCAGGUCCAGCCCCAGAAACAUCAGGAAAUUUUCAGAAAGCAAAACUGCAGCGAUGCAGCUCCUCUGAAGUGGAGUCAGUCUCUGAGCAAAGACACAGGCCUUGGUAGUACAACUCAAACAAAUGACACUCCCAUGUCUUGCCUUGACUUGAUACACACUCCGAUGAUGGAGCAAACAUCGGAGAGGAGUGCAGACUGCUGGGGAGGUCCUGACACUCAUCAGGAAAAUAAAAAGAGGUUAGACAGAAGGACAAGAGACAAAGAGGAAAUGGAGUCGCGGAGGGAGCAGGUCGUCUGGAGACUUGAGAGGCUUCUUGGAGACACCUGUAAGGGGGAUACGAUGGCAGGAGAAACACACCCUCCUUCAGACAGUAUCUGCACUGAGGACUUUGUCAGAUGUUUCAGAGAGGAGAUGGUGGAAUUGGCAUUGCCAGAGAGUAAUAUGCAACAUCUAGACAAAGAAGAAGAGGCUGAUGGGGCAGAGAUUUCCAACAGUGACAUUUGCCAGAGUGAUCAAAGAGGUCAAAGUGUUCUUAACGUCAAAGGAGGAGGAUCGGCAACUCCUGGGAAAAGCAGUAAAUACACUGUGACAGCUCACUGCUCCCAGUCAAACAAGCCAGAUCAACGAAAGGAACUGGAGAAAUGUCUUUCUGGAGAUUUUGGAGUAAAUAUAUUGCAUAUUAGUGACAAAGCACUACAGGCGAUUGUUGAUGAUAGCAGCAUCUCUCACAAAACUGAGAUUGUAACAGGACAUGAAAACCUACAAUACAACAACAGCUGUUCUCCUCAGGCCAGGUGCUUGGCAGGAGUACCUGUGAGGAGCUUUGACACUGUGUCCAUUGCGAGUGACAUUGACUCGGUCUGCACAGAGCAAGUCAGACAGCACAUUCACAGGCGGCCAGGAUGGCGCUCUCUCAUUCAGUCCGUCACCGGCACAGAUGAUUACUUUACCAACCAGAGUGACUAUGACACACCCACCCAGGAAGAAAGUGAACCUCAAUCCAUAUCAGUCCACAGAUCCUCUUAUGGAAGUGUGCAAAAAAGAAGUCCUUCUGUUUGUACAGCUCAGCGUAAAAAGAGAGAGACUUACAGACUUGUGUGUUCUUUGGGUGACAAAGACAAGGACACAGAUGAGGAAAUUAACCACUGGAGUGGGAGGUGCAGAUCUAAGAGGACAUCAGAGAAGAUGCAGUCAGAUUGGGCAAAGAUGAAAGAACGACUCACUAACAUUCAGCAAAAAUGUGAGAAAGAGGAGGAGACACUAAGGUUGAAGAGGACUCAGUUAAAAGAUGUUGAAUUCUGCCUCUCUGAACUUCAAAAGAGAAGAAAGCAUGCCUUGAAGGAAUUGGAGCAACUGACUGCAGAGACAGCACAGAUGGAGAAGGAGAAGCGGACUCUGGAGUCUGUUCUGAGUGACAGCAGAGUGGAGAGGGACUCUAUUAGUUGCCAGCUGGAGAAGCUGCAGAAGCAAAGAGAGUCCUGUCUCCAUGAGAUAAGGGACAUGGAAGAAGAACUUGCAACUCUGAGUCAACAUAGAAAGAGUGUGAAGGAGAGGAACAGCGUCAUCAUGUCACUGCUGGAAAGGGAGGAGAUGGAAAGACAGCUGGAUAAUGCAAAAACAGAAUUGUUUGCUGAACAGCGACGUGCAAGAGAGAAGCUGGAGUCUGUGCAAGAGAAUUUAGAGGAGACUUGUGAGGAACUCCAGAGGGCCACAGAGGCAGAGAGCUCACUGAGGAGUCGGUGUGCCAGUCUUGAGAAGAAACAGACCCAGAAAAAAGAGGAAAUUGAGGCAUUAGAAGUUCAAGUAAACAAGCUGCAGGUUGAACUGGGAGAAUGUAAGAUCAGGGUGGGUACUCUGGAGAAGAUGUUGGCCCAGAGGGAGCAGCAACUGCUAGAUUCCCAGGAACAAUGUAGGGCCUUACAAGCAGAACGAGAUGGACUGAAGGUGGAGCUGCAACACUUGAAAAUCCAGCACUACACAGCACUGAAGGAAGCCCAGGAACAAACCCAGAGAAUGACGGUUAAUCAGCAGGCUGAAGAGGAGGAAGCAAGUGCUUUGAAAGAACAGACUCUGGCUCUCACACGAUGCAUUGAGUCCAUGCAAAGUUCAAUUCAGUUAAAAGACGAAGAAGCAAAGAUGCUAAGGAAAUCUCUUGAGAAGCGGAGGGAGGAGGCAAAGAACCGUGAAGAGGAGCUGCAUGUAGAAGCCUCUGAAAAGGUGCAGGAAACAAUAGAGGCGAAGAGGAGGAAGUGGGAGGCAGAAAAAGUGGAAGCUGUACAGAUGCACUGUGGGAUACUGGAAGAGCAGAACAAAAAGAGCCUGGAGAGCAUGAGGAUUGAGAUGCAGCAAGAAAAGAGUAAAGCACAAGCUCUUCAACAUAAAGUUUUGGAACUAAAAACAAGAGUGCAGGAGUUGGAGAAUGAAAGUUGUGCAAAGCAGAGAGAGCAGGAUUCUUUUCUGGCUGUUAUUUGCAAAUCACUAAAAGAGGAGCACCAGGCUGAGCUGCAGAGGUUGAAGAAACAGGUGGCACAGGAGAGUCAAAGGACAGUGCUGUGGCUUGAACAGGCUGUUCAUCUGGCAGAGAAAGAGGCUGACAGGCUCCGAGUGAUGCUACAAGAAAGGGAGAGCAGCCAUGACCAAAUCACAGCGGAGCUGGACCAGCAGCUCAGGCACUGGGCCCAGGACCUGGGAGCAGAGUGCCAGCAUCUACACCUCUUAGUGGAACAGAGUGGAGCCAAACAAAAUGCUGUGCAGCUACCUGCCAGUUCUACAGUGGCCGAAGCUGUAACAAAUCUGAGAGCACUAAGAAAACAGCUGGAGCACUUGAUCAGCCAUCUACACCAGGAGCUUGAUUCCCAGAAAAAAAACACUGAGAAGCUGAGAAAGGACAAGGAGCGAGAAAUUAUCAUCCAGAGGCAACAGCUGAGGAUGGAGAGAGAUCAAGCCUUGGACUCCCUUAAGGAGCGUCUCAUUCAGGAGCACAUUGAGGAGUUGACGAGUCUGAACAGGGCUCAUGUGAGUGAUGGAGGAUCUGAGGGAGGAGGAGUAGCAGUAUCUCUCCGCAAACAGCUGAAGGCCAAAGACUUGGAGCUGAGGCAGGUUCAGAGGAGCAUGGGUCAGUGGAAGGAACAGACUGCAGCUCGUCUGGCAUGCAAGUUUGAAGAAGAGCUGACAGCUGAGCUGGAAAGGUGCAAGACAAAGUUGUUAAGGGGCAGAAAAAUGUCAAAGACUCAAGGGGAGAGACAGAGAAAGUCUGAGAGGCCUGAAGGAGAGAUGACGCUUAGUGCAAAGGAAACUCAGAAUUCAGUUUGCUCUCCCUUCCUCCAUGUGGUGGACUCUGCUGCUUCCCACAGCCCCUCUGACGUGGCUUCAUUUAAGCUUCUACGUUAUCUCCAGAGCAGAGUGAAGCAGCUCCGUCUAGAAAACCAGGCCUUUACCUGGAGCUCAUCUCCUCCAGAUACAGUCCCUGUAGAUUUGUCAGGAUCCUACCUUAAAACAAUCACUGAAGGUCAAGACAGUGCUGGGAUUCAGACCCAGUCAGCAAUCAGGACAGUAUCAAGUUGAGGAAAUGGAGCCUUAUUCUGUGUGUGUGUAUGUGUGUGUCUGAAUGACCACCAGUGAUAUAACAUUCUUAUACCUGAGUCUCAAGCGAGCUCUUUUUGCAUACCAUGGAGUUGAAUCAUUUACUGUCACAUGUGCUUCAGAUGGCAGAUUAACAAGCAGGUCACAGUGACAAAUGACACAACUGAAGAUCUGGUCAUCAAGUUCACAUUCCUUUGUGUUAAGGCACUCAAGUUUUAUGGCUUAAAGUUACAGUGAACUGUGAAUAAGUGAUGAACUGACAUUUCACUGGAGACUGAUCAUCAUGUGAGUUAUGUCAAAUAACCUCAUAAAGCUGACAGGUCUCUGUGGAAAUCCCACAUGUGAUCAUGAAUGUUACACAUUACUUAAUUGUACAAUAAAAAAAAAAAAAGUU